AUGAACGUUGAAACUGGUAGUCAAAGGAAUUGUGCGUUUAGUGUGCAGACUUUCGUGAUUAACCUCCGUCAGAAAGCGCCAGUGAGCCUCCGACUACAAGCUACGUACGCUCUCAUCAAAGUCGAAGUCCUCAACGUCGAUGUCGGAGUGCCGCUCCCGGACGCUUUGUUCCAUACCCGCAUCCGGGAAAAGGGAACUCAGCCGAGAACUCAGAAAGUAGGUACCUCGAACGCUGGGGAUAGACCAACACCUCCGUUGCCAAACACGAAUCUUCUACGAGCCCUAGCCCAGCGCCAGCGGUCGAGAUCAAGGACACCAAUACCUAUUGCGCCCCAACCUCUUCGGGAUCUAGGACAUCGUCAGCUCCUCCGAAACGACCCUCUACGGUCACAUCCUCCUAUCAGUGACGUCGAGGUAGUAACUACAUCGCAGAGCCAAGUCGCCAACACAGACCGGGGUCUUAAUCAGGCUGCUAGCGCUUCAGGAGCCUCAAACACUCUGUUACCCUCUACACUGGCAUUAGGUCGCACUCCGGGUCCUGAGUUCCCUGGUUUUGAUCACGAAACCCGAAGGUCUCAGCAACCCGCAGCCUUCGGUGACAGCGGAAGAGGUCAGGACUCGUUACCAGUUCAUCCCCUAAAUUUGGAUCAGGCUGGUGGUGUUGGGUCUCAAACGUCUACGAUCAGUGACAAUAAUCUAGGUUCGACGGCUGUUCGCAGCCCAGAUACAGGCUUAGACCAGCCCUUUGUCUCCGAGUCACAGAUCCAACCACCCUCAACGUUGUUGUCACCCAUUCGAACAGUCCCGGGUAUCGAAAGUCCAAGGGCGAUGCGCCCCUCUCAUAGGUUUGCUGUAUCGGCGAUGCGGACGACUAUCGAGAGUGAUGAACAACGUAGCCCUCCCCCCCCCGUCGAGUCUCGACCUCGAGACUCUCAUGAACGUGGGAACAAUACAACCACUUCUAGCCAUCUUUUCGGAAACUUGUUCACAACCCCGGUUACCAUUGCGCAAACCCUAGCGUCGCUGUAUCGUGGGCGUCCAACACAACACACCGCUACCAUCGCUCCAGAUGCCCUCGAUGGCCAGGUUGUGGCUGAGGCAGAGGCUGAGAGAGAUGUGGGGCCUUGGUAUCAUGGGCUCGAUGCGGAUAUGGUGAUGUCCUCUCCGACCUCCAGUGGUGGAGGUUCUCGGAGUCAUGAUGCCGUGUAUGCCCACAGUAAUGUUUACGACGUCAUUCUUGGUCAACCCCUCUAUCAGCGCGAGCUUUCCCCUUUGUCUCUUAUGGACUGUGAUAAUGCUGCUCUUGACGACCAUACUGACGCACCUCCUGGGACGACCGAGGUCCCCGCCGAGAUUCAUGAUAUCGUGGCAAGUCAGCCCAUCCACUCGCCGCGCGAUCCUCAGCCCACCCCCCCCACUCAUUCAUCUCCCUUGCCCGAAGGACUGAAUCCAUGGCAAUGGUAUCUUCCGAAUGACCCACGUUAUCGGGAGGCACCGGCUCGAUAUGGAAGUAGCCAUGUAUCACGAAUAGACCCGAUUGAUCGUCUUUGCGAGCAGGUCUUGGGACUGGCGGAAGUCAUACGAACAGAUCGUCAAGAACUCGGGGGCAAGAUCAAAGGCUUGAUAGAGGCUGUGCAGUCAGACCGUCUACGAGUCCAAGAUCAGAUCAAAGCACUUGAACAACGCCCCCUUCGAGAAGCAGAUGGCCCGCGGCGCAAGGGCAGCGAGCCCAAGAGAACUAGUAACCCGAAGCGGAGGCCGGCGGACACAGUUCUUCUUGCAUCCCAGAUUCGUACUUACUUCACUUAUCUCGUCGGUGGAUCGCAUAGAUUGCUCCAAGUCUCUGUAAGCGAAGAAGAAGCUGAAAGCUACGCGACUCUGUGGAACACGGAUGAUGGCUUGUCUGCCCCGGACUGUUGCGAUAAAGCGAACUUCAGAUACGAUGUUUUAGGACCUCCGAAGUCUCCGUGGAAUAAGUCUGCAGCUCGCGUAUUUGUCAAGGCCUUUGAGGAAUGGGCGGAUGUGGAGCUUGACAAAGAAACCACGAUGGAGGCUGUCGCCACUUGGAUCAAGUCUUUGCGACAGACACGCCACCAGUCACGUCUAUCCCGUAGCCAACGGGAGGACGCGAAACGCACGGCCAGGCGCCAAGGAAGGAAGCGUUCGCUAUUUCACAUGCGACUUGAUGUUGCCCAGGAACACCCGUUACUUCGCCAGCAUGUGCCUCUACUUGAACGCUUGGGUGUCGAUGGUAUGUCUAGUGACGAAUCAGACGUCGAUGAUGCUGGUGAUGGCGGAGCGCGGGCCAGACGUCCCAUAUACCAGGUCAUCACGCCGGCGUGGAGGGCGACAGAAGUCGGAGAUUGGCUAGAGACAUUCGACAGUGUUUAUCUCCUCUCGCGUCGCUCGAAGCAAGACCUACGAGGGCAGUAUCCACGACUUCGAGGUAGGAUCCCGGUGAAAGUGGAUGACAAGGCUAAGCCUGUCCCAUCGCUACCUAGGAACGCCUACCAUGCUUCCUGGAUCACUCUACAGAGGCAAGUUGAGUUCCGCCUCAAGCCAAUGAAUCAAGAUUACCCAUUCUGCCAUGAAAAUGGUUUGAUCAGUUCCCAGAUUGAUUGA